GUCAAUGAAGAAGAAAACCCCUAAUUUAGUUGUUUUAGUUUAUUUAUCGUUCUUGUGUUGCGAUGCUGGAUCCGUCAAUGCAUCAAUUGGUAUCAGAGCAUGGUUCGAGAGAACCGAGCUCGUUGCUGCAUCUCCCGGGGAAAGUACCAACGUUGGGAAGAGGUCCCGCGAGCAACCACGCCACCACCAAAGUUCCCAGGGCCGACGACAGGAAAUGUCCAUCAGGAAUUGCUGGAGGUCACGACCUCACCUGCUGCUGUCGCCGCCGUUGAUGAACGGUGUGCAAGAAGAUGUGUGCCACCGUUGGAACCACCCAACGAGCCGUGUGACGCAAAGAUCCCACUCUGCGCGCUAACAGGGGUCACCAAUUCCGCCACACUACAAUUCUCAGCUCAACUCAUGGACGAGAAAGUCAUCGCCCUUGUUGACGUCUUCUCUUCCCACAAUUUUGUGAGUGCCGAGGUCGCCAGAGCCAUGUCCUUGACAGCCACACCGAUUCCACAGUUUCGGGUCAAGGUCAUCAAUGGAGAGUCCCUCGACUGUGGGCGUUGCUACAAAGCCGUAGAUCUCACCGUCCUAGACAAAACCCCCAACGCCGUAGAACUAUAUGAGCUGCCGAUCAAAGAACACAACGUGAUCUUAGGCGUUCAAUGGCUGAAUCAACUUGGACCGACGUAUGUCGAUUGGGAACGGCACACGAUGCAUUUCAGAAAACCGGGACGCUGGGUUGACUUGCAAGGUUUGAACAUGGAAGCAAGGGCGAUCGAGGCCACGGACACGGUCGAGGACCCGGCUUCCCCGAUCGCAGGCAAGCUCGUCACGCCGCCGCCGCCUCACAAGACCACUACCGUCGCUGCUGCUACGAAGCGGGACCUAAUGGAAGAGCUAACCCUAGCUCCGGUUCCACUUCUCAUCGGGGAGAGAGUGAAUUCUACUGCAACGAAGCCAUCGAUGUCGAAGUUGCGAGCUGCUGUCGACGUCGAGAAGGCCCGAGAGAGAAGGGCUACUCCUGCUGCCGAUUCCUGGCGUAACCGCACCACUGCCGAGGAGGAUGGGGUUUCCAAGCCAUCGCCGCCAUUAGUGGAGCUGCGGGACGCCCCGCCUGCCGUCGUCAAUGCUGAAAGAAGUUCUUUUGAGCUACUCCAAGCCAACUUGAAAUACCGGAAGAAGCCGCUGGAAGGUGGUGACCGCCAAACGAUCACGGAGAAUGGUCGUUCGGUUUGCGGCUGUAUCGGGCCAAGAAUGGGAGGACUGGUUGGCGGUUUGUUGUACGGAGUUGCAUCGGAGGGUUUUGGUUCGUUUGCGUCGAGGUCCGAUCAAAAGGGUAGAGAUGUUCCGGAGAGUUUGGGAGUUCGCAUGAGGGGUUCUCCCUCCAGGGUGGGACAUGUUCGAAAACCGGCGAGAUCUGAGGUAUGCAGGCGAGUGCUGGAGGAAGAGGUUCGAGAGGGCCUGAGGCUUGUGACCAAUCUCAGGCGACAAGAAGAAGCUAUUCCGGGGUGGAGGAAGCCCAAAUGCGGCGCUAGUUAUGAUGGAGAUGAACUUGGCAGUGAGCUACGUAUGUGGGGUGAGUUACCUUCUCAUGCAUUAUUAGUUCAAAGGCAAAAAUAUAUUCAUGGUGGAAUAGUGUACGUGAUGCAAGGAAGGAUGGGUUUGGAAGGGGAAAUUCGUAGCCUGGUGUUGGCAAAUACAGGAGUUGAAUUUGUUGAAGUAACCCAUUUGAUGAAGUCCUUAGGAGCUGUGGAGAUUGAAAUUGUUCGACUGCCCGGGCGUACUUGGAAGUUCCGAAAACGAGGUCGAUAUCAAUGAACAUCUGUUUUCUUCGUUAUCGUCAACAACUUUUUCAUCGAUCCGGGUUAAGACGAUGCUUGAAAUUCCGGGACGAAGUUCUUCGAAGGGGGGAGGAUUGAUGCAUUAUCAUAUUCGACCGGCCAUUAUAAUUAUUAUUAUUAAAUUUAUUAGUCGGUU